AUGAUUGACGAUGGCAUUUGUGCAAGUGCAACAUGGGACAAGAAUGGUAUCACAGUGGCUGGAGGAAAUGAAUACGGAUCUCAAUUGAAUCAACUCGAUCAUCCAUAUGGACUCUUUGUCGAUGACAAUGCUGCUGUUUAUAUUGCAGAUGCUUACAAUAGCCGAAUAGUAAAAUGGGCGUUGAUUUGUUCCGAUAUGUCGUCUCCCUAUGUAGCUGAAAUUUGA